GUUUAUUGCAAAAACUGUAUAAAAGGAGCAAUUGUACCAAGUCGAUCACAGUAAAAAUUCAACGAUGAAACUUUUGACUGUUUUCCUAGCUUUGGCACUUUACAACGGCGUUACCGCCCAGUUAAACUGCUACAACUGCAGAGGUGAUGAUUGUGAUGAAAGUGAAAAUCCUCUAGAAGACCAGGAAACCACUUGCGAUGAUAACCAAAAGUUUUGUGUUAGUGGAUGGGUUCCAGUUGAUGACGAGAAGGUGGCCUUUAGACAGUGUUUCAAAGCAGAGGAUGCAGAAACAAUUGAGAAUAUUUGCAAGGAGCAAGAGGGAGUGUGUAAAGCCUGUCAGGAAGAUUAUUGCAACGUGUCAGUAGAAUGAGAUUAGAAAGAAUAAUCAAACGAUAAUAAAACUGUGCACAAGG